AUGCUAGCCAUUGAAGCCACUUGUAAGGACUUCGCCAAUCAGAUUCGAUGGAGUGCAGAUUACGCGACUGCCUGCCUACCUUUGAAUUGGACAUCUUUGGAGCGCGGCGCAGUGGACAAAGUGAAGUUUUAUCAGCAGUUUCCAGAGAUGCAAAGCAAGGUGGAGAAAAACGAGUUCUGCCAAAAGAUUCUACGAGCUCGGAUGGCCGACGGCUUGCUGCACAAAGCUGAGAUCCACGAGGAUGUGUGCAGCUAUAACGCUGCCACGUCUGGUGCACAGGGCUGUGGGGGUGGGUUCCCCUGUCAGGGAGUGUCCACGGCUGGCAAGCAACACGGUUUGUCAGACCCUCGCACCAAAUUGGUGCAUCAGAUUUUUCGAGUCUUUGACACCCUUCCGCGUGAUCACAGGCGUAUCUUAUACUUCGAGAACGUCAAGGCGCUGUUGGGGAAGAAGCGAUCAAUGAGGCAGCUCUUCCAUUAUAUUGUCCAGGCCCGGUAUUGA